UGAUCUUCAGUGGCGUGUGUGCAGAAAUCUUGCCCUUGCUUCUGGCGGUGGCAGGUGUGGUGUGACUGUGGUUUCCUUUCGGAUUCGCGGCAUCCGCACCUACUUCGAGCCCAGUGCUGUGUUAGGUUAAACAGGCAGCAGCGGCCCUCAGGGAGCCUGUGAUCGCACGGGGGGAGUAGAAGAGGGCAAGCUAAGAGCUACACAGUGGCAGGAGCAGGAAGCCGCUGAAAAGUUAGCUCUAUUUAAAUUAAAAGCGAAGUAUUAUUUUAAAAUAACAUUGAUUGGGUUUUGCCCCUCGUUGCGGAAGUAUGACAUGUUCACGUUGACACCUGGAGAACACAGAAAAGUAGAUAAAAGGGAAUGCCAACCACUACCCUCCACCCCUUAACCACACACUGUUAAGGUUUUGUAAGUGCCCUUUAUUGGUGCCCUUCCAGCUUUUUUCUAUGCAUGAAUAUGCAUAUGCGUGACUUACUCUAAUUAAAUGAGGAGAAGGUAAGGAAGGACCAGGUACAUGAUGUGUGCACAGUGAAUUUCAGUUGAAUCAGAAAGUUGUGGGGCAGUUGAAAUGGACGCAGAGAGGAGGUGACGUGUCACUUGGCCUUACAGGGUGCCUAACUGAACCCUGACCUAGAAGGGAGGGAAGAGCAUUCCAGGCCAAAGGAACUGCUUGUGCAAAGGUGCAGAGGCCGGAGAGGGCCCGGCUGGGGCAUCUGAGCGCUCACUUUGUGGAUACAGUGCUGUUACUGCAAGCGGUGAAGGUGGACGGGGGGACAGAGGGCAGAGCCUGAUUUGCAUGUGGCCCAACAAGGUCACCCCUCGCUGGGCCCUGUCCCUUAGAGGUCCAAGACCUCUGAGCCAACUGGCAUUUCCUGCCAUCGGGCAGUGUGGAAGGCAUGGGGAGGGACGGAAGGUACCAUCUGUUCUCCCCAGCCCUCCUCCGGCUGAGUCACCUGGCUGCCUCUCCAGCUGGUCCCUGACUCCAGGCCCCUCCCUGGACACCGUGUUCCUAGAAGAGUCAGGGGAUGUGGGGAGGGAGGGCAGGGAGCUGCUGAACUGCCCGCGAUGCCCCCGAGGCCCCCAGAGUCCCUUCCUGAAACGCGGUUACACGUGUCGGGGGGCCUGGCCUGACGUUUUUCUUCCCUCAGAGCUGGGAAGUAAUGUCCAGCAGCAGCAGGAGGGAGUGAAGUUAGACAAAAGGGAAGACUUCCCAGUGCAUGACUCACUUAGAGGGGAGCAGGCCAAGGUAUUGCUAGAGUGUGCUGACACACUGAAGAGACGGCCUGCUGAGACUGUUCCCGGAGAAUGGGCAUCAGCUGCAGCAAGAGAGACUGUGGUCUGAGGGAAGGAAGGACUCUCUGAGGCGGCUGCCUGUGAGAGAGGGCAGACCUCCCUAUCUGGGGGAACCCCCUUGCCAGCUUGGAUGAUGGAGGCGGUGGAGGUGGGUAGAGUUUGCAGGAGAGGAGGGGGACGACCUAUCAGAGAGCCUGGCAAGAGGCGCGCUAGCCUCAGAGUCUGAUGAGUGAGGAGCAAAACCUCCCCUUUGGAAAUGGACAAGCCCUGAGCACCUGCUCUCUGGAGGAGCAGAGGUAUGUCCAGAGUCUCCUGGACAUCAUGGAGUUCCUGGACAAGGACCCUGAGGACCAUCGGACCCUGAGCCAGUUCACCGACGCCCUGGUCACCAUCCGGAACCGCCACAAUGACGUGGUGCCCACCAUGGCGCAGGGCGUGCUGGAGUACAAGGACGCCUACGGCGACGACCCCGUCUCCAACCAGAACAUCCAGUACUUCCUGGACCGCUUCUACCUCAGCCGCAUCUCCAUCCGCAUGCUGAUCAACCAGCACACCUUGAUCUUUGACGGCAGCACCAACCCAGCCCACCCCAAACACAUCGGCAGCAUCGACCCCAACUGCAGCGUCUCUGAGGUGGUGAAAGAUGCCUACGACAUGGCCAAGCUCCUGUGUGACAAGUAUUACAUGGCCUCACCUGACCUGGAGAUCCAGGAGAUGAAUACAUCCAACUCCAAACAGCCAAUUCACAUGGUCUAUGUCCCCUCCCACCUCUACCACAUGCUUUUCGAACUCUUCAAGAAUGCCAUGCGAGCGACUGUGGAAAGCCAUGAAUCCAGCCUCACUCUCCCACCUCUCAAGGUCAUGGUGGCCUUGGGCGAGGAAGAUCUUUCCAUCAAAAUGAGUGACCGAGGUGGGGGUGUUCCCUUGAGGAAGAUUGAGCGCCUCUUCAGCUACAUGUACUCCACGGCCCCCACGCCUCAGCCUGGCACCGGGGGAACCCCACUGGCUGGCUUCGGGUAUGGGCUCCCUAUUUCCCGCCUGUAUGCCAAGUACUUCCAGGGGGACCUGCAGCUCUUCUCCAUGGAGGGCUUUGGGACCGACGCUGUCAUCUAUCUCAAGGCCCUGUCCACGGACUCGGUGGAGCGCCUGCCUGUCUACAACAAGUCAGCCUGGCGCCACUACCAGACCAUCCAGGAGGCCGGCGAUUGGUGUGUGCCCAGCACGGAGCCCAAGAACACGUCCACGUACCGUGUCAGCUAGAGGCCGCCCCACUCACCUGCGCCCAGGAGGAUGGACUGCUGUCUCUGCAUCCGGCCACCAUGGUGACCCUCCCUGUCCCCACCCCAGGUUGGGGGAGGCUCUCCCUGAUGACCAGCUUCUUGUCUCUGUGGAGUCACUGCGGUGACUGGUCUGUGGUGGCCCCUAAGUGCCAAUCUCUGUCCCCGUGGAGACUCCUAGGGGAUCUCCCUGGGUCCAGACUCUGUGGGCAAUGCCUGAGGAUUGGGGGAUGCCUCCACCCUGAUAGGGUGUCCCAGAGAUACAUUUCCAUGGCAUUCUUUCUCUCUGAGCCCAGAGCUGCCACUUCUCUGCUGGGGGUCCUAGGUCCCCCUCACUGCCUUCCACAGCCCUGGCCUUCCAAGUGGACACCCCUGCUUGCCUUAUUCCCUUGGCCCGUGCCGGUACCCUGGCCCUGGUCUGGUGUCAGUGUUAGGAAGGGGCCAGGUACCCGCCACAUCUGGCAUAGUGGGAGGGGACCCUUGGUUGGGGACCUGGUCCUACAGUCUCUUCCUCCACUGAGUUUAAGGUCAAAGUUAGGGGGGAGGGGUUUCUUACCUGGGGCUCACCCCUAAAGCCGAGGAGCCUGGGAGGACCCAGAGCUUGGCCGUCCAGCCAAGCUGCUUGAAGCCUGCAGGUGGCCCCAGCGAUGUUUCUGCCGCCGCCCGAGCCCUUCCCCUGCAUGUCCUCACAUGCGUCCACCUGCCUGCCACACACGGUCCCCCACCGAGCUCCAGACCCCAGUUCCCACUGUGCCCGCGUGUGCUUGGGGUGGCUUUCUCCCUAGAACGUUGUGUGUACAUAGCUAGUUUUAUAGCCCUUUCCCUUAGCACACAGGGGGUUAAAGUUGUGUGCUCCUCCCAGUGGCUGUGAUGGUGACAGUGACAUCCACAGUAAAGAGGAGAUCGAAUGAGA